AUGGGAGUCCAGGCGGGUGAGUCCAGGCGGGUGAGUCCAGAGCUGGUGGGACAGACCCUGAACUCUGUCCCACACAAACGCCUCGUGCUCAGUGCGGCUGUCUGUGUGGAGUGUGACGCACCGCGCACAGCCCCCCCCUCGUGCCCGUGUCGGCGGGGGGCGGGGGGCACCGGGGGGAACACUACUGCAGGAUUGGCCCGAGGCUACUGUGAGGAGCUCAGAGAAAAACAGCUCCUGAAGACAUGA